AUGAGCGGUACCGUGUCCACGCCCAGGAUUUGAACUGGCGAAACCCUGGGCCGCCAAAGCAGAGCGCAUGAACUUAACCACUCAGCCACGGGGCCGGACCCGCAUUUUGGAUUCUUUAUCCUCUGCCCCUGCCUUGCCUUUCUUGGCCCCUGAAAUUAACCAUUAGGGGGCAGGAGGCUGCAUGCAAUGAGCACCAGUGUGUGCCAGGCCAGGCCGAGUCUCCACUUUACCUCGUGUCAUCAUCCCGGUGACGCACUGGGAGCCGUGCUAGGAUUCCCACCACACUACAGAGGCAGGCACUGUGGGGUUGGAGCCCGGUCUGCCUGGCUGCAAAGCCCACUUCCUCUGCCCCACGUUGCCUCCCUUGUGUCCAAACGUGCUGCCUCAGGCCAAAGGGAGCUUGAAAAGCUUCAGGAAGAAGACGCAUUGGAAGGAGAAAAUGGUAUCUGGAGCCUUGCCCAUUUCCCUGUGGAUCAUCCUCCUUGGAUGAGGUUGCUGGGCCUCCAGGCCCACCUGUACUGGGGAUGAUGUCACAGAGGAGGCUAGGUACCAGGUGUCAGAAUACCUAGAUCCUGAGUCCAGCCCCUGUCCUCACUGGCUGUGUGACUCUGGACAGAUCACUGAACCUCUCUGGGUCUCUAUGCAGCUGUAAAAUAGAUACGAUGCCAUCUGAUCUGCUGAUCUUAUAGGGUGACCAGACAGAUAAUAGUUGAGGAGGCGCUGGAAAGGUUGAGAAUGUCCUUGGUGAGGUGGAGGUAUCCUAAAUACCUAGUAUGUCUUCAUAUAGUACCUUCUUUGUGCCAGGCCCAGUGCUCGGCUCCAAGGACAUUAAAAUGAAUCGAGCCCCAUCCCUGGCCACAGGAGGACAGACAGGUCAACGCAACUACAGUUGAGCACGGUCAGCUCCAGCUGUCAUCCACACGUGCCCAUUUGUAAGCUGAGGCACAGCAGUAGAAGGAGCACUGGAUUUGGAGCUUGGACAUCUGGGUUGGAGUCCUGGUUCCUCUACUGCCCAGCUGGUAAUGUCAGUCUCCUUGUCUGCAGAGCAGGGAUGGUAAUCCCCACGGUCAAGGAUGGCAGCGAGGUAGAAACAAGAUGCUGGCGGAGACGUGGGGGGCGGGCUGACGGGUUUGUACAGAGUGCAGCAUUAGCGGUGCUGUUGGGAGGGCCGGCCCUCAAGGCUCCGGGAGUUGGCCCUGAAAUUCUUUCUGCCUUAUGUUUCUGGAACUGACUCAGUGGUCGAGGGGCAAGACAUUAAUGGCAUUUCCACUUGGGGAUUUCCUUGGCGUCAGCUAGAGGGAGCUGAUGACGAAGGGGAGCAGGGUGGGGGGCAGCUCCAAAUUGAGGGGUAGCCGAUGGAGGAAAGGCCUGUCUCGGGUGGAUGCCGGGGCCGAGGCUCAGCCCCCUGCCCACCUCGUCCUUGUGCCAGGGGCUCCCUCUCGGAGUUGUGAUGAAGCGCUGGGAAGUUCUAUGGGCCAGAGAUGCUGUGGUGCAGCCCCAGGGGCAGGCAGCUGGGGCCAGGAGGGCCGGAGCUGGGACCCCUGACCCUAGAGAGGUCUCUUCAGACGAGCGGGGAGAUUGGGGCCUUGCCAGCAACUCCUGCACAGUGACCGGAGAACCUUAGCACAAGCGGUCACAGGCCUGCCGGGUCCCUGGCACUGCAUGGGGUACCUGGGUAGAGAGGAACGUAAAGAAGAACAUGGUCAUUGCCUUCAGGAAGCGUAAUAAAUCGUCACCAUUGCUGUCUACCAUGCACUGAGCACUUAACAUGUGGCAGAUCCUCAACUGAAUGCCACACGUGCUGUCCCUUAAUGCCUUCACCAACCCUGUGUUGUCAUCCCUGCUCUGGACACUGAGACUUGACAAAGGAGAGAGUGGCCCAAGCCCGGUAGGUACAGGGCUGGCUUCACACCGGGGCUGAGUCCAGCGGUUGGCUUACCUGCCGGGCUCUCCAUUCGUCCAGCAGUGUUUGCCGGGCCCGCAGGCCUGGCUGUUGCCCUGAGUUGGGGAGGGAUGCGCAGGUGAAGAGGGCAGGGUCACCGCCCCUCGCCGAGUACACUUCAAGUCAGGAAAUGGGCAGGUACAGGAGGGCAGAGAAUUGACUGCGUUGUUUGGAGGUGUGCCCGUGGUGAGAUGUGAGAGGAGGCAGGGAGGGCGGCCCGGGAGCCCGAGGGCACAGAUGGGCUUUGUUCUGCUGGCGGGGCCAGGGCAGGCCGGGGGAUGCAGGCAGUGCAGGCAGCAGUGUGUGGCAUCGGGACCCAGGUCCCAGGUCCUGCUCUGCUGUUUCCUGGCCGUCACGGUCCCUCUCUGGGCCUCCGCCUCCUGUGGUCUCUGAGAGGCCGUCCAGCUCCCCAGCUCUGGAAUUCCCUGAGUUGAGAGAAGCGUGAGCAGAGGCUGAGAGUCGUCCAGAGGCCGUCACCUUGGGUUCAGAGCAAGAUGGGGGCUCAGCCGGGGCAGGGAGGAAGAUGGGGACAACCUGCAGAUGCCUCUAUGCCAGGGAGAACCCGAUUUCUGUAGGUAUAAGUAGAAGUCAAGGAGUUUUGUGGCCAAAGCUGUUUUAGGGGCUCUAGCAGGGUCUGGGGUGUCACAAUGGGGAGACCUGUAGGGCCACACCGUUUACCGACCUCACAGGCCAUCAGCAAACUUUCCUGAGAGUCUCUGUGGGCCCAGCAAUGAGUAACUCGAGGCCCCUGCCCGGAGGACCUUACACCCUGUCCCCCGCACCAGCGGCGGGUGCAGUUUCCGGGCCCUCGGCCUCCCUCCCGCCCUGGUGUUCUGCAACCUGGCCAAAAGUGCGUGUCUUAUCUGCAGGUCAAGUUUGGAAAAGAAGGAAUGUUAUCUUGGGCCAAAGAUCCCUUUUCUCCCUCGGCCUGCCUUGGUGGCCACCUCUGUGCCUUUCCCUUUCUCCCGUGGGUGGAGCACAGGCCCCAGAGGGAGGCAGAGUUCAUACCUUACACAGAGGAGCAAACCGCGGCUCAGAGAAGUCAAGAAAACUGCGAAGGGCACACAGAUAGUGCCCUUCCAGAUGGUACCCGCCAGACAGUGGCAGACCUGGGGCUGGAGUCCUGGUCUCCUGGGUCCGAGGCAGGUGCUAGUGAUCUUGAGCUGAGUUGGUGUCCUGGCCCACCCCCCUACCCCCCCAGCCCAAUGCAUACCUCACACGGCCUAGCACAGUGCCUUAUACUUAGAAGAGAUUCAGUAAAUGCAGUUGUUUAAUUCUGAGAUGCUGGAGCUGGAUUGUUUAGACUAAGCCCCUUAUUAUGAAGCAGGAGAAAUGUUUAGAGAGGGGAGGGGACAUGUCUGAAGUUGUGAACAGGCCACGCAGAGCAGGGACUAAGACUGGGGCUCCUGACUGCCUGCCAGGACUGUCUUGUCACUAUGCACGGUUGCCCUGUGGCCUCCCCUCCAGUCCCCCUUCUAGCCUGUGGCCUAGGAGAGACACGCCACCCGCUGACUGUGCCUCUGUGGGUGUCCUGGCGCUGUGACCGCUAGUCCUCGCAGCAGCCCCUUGAGGAAGGGAUUGUUGUCUCUGAUGUGGAAACAGGCUGAGAGAGAGGAAGUCGCUUCCCAGAGUCUCCCAGGUUAGCAGGUGACUUCUGUUCCCCGGGCUGUAGCUCCUUCAAAUCAGAGAAUUGAUCCCAGAAUGACAGUUUUCCUCUCUAGAGCCAACUCCGAUCGGUGGGUAGAGGCAGUCUGAGCACCACGUCCAGGAGAGUUCUGAGGUCCCCUGCAGAUUGCCCAGGAAGCGGUGCUGCGAUUAACUGUGUCUGCAGUGGAUAUGGACAUUGGAACACUCUGUCCUGCCUCAUUUGGGACCAAGCCCAGGAUGCACCUGGGCCGGGUUUAAUCCUCAAAUUGGACUCUACAAAAGAAAGGGGCGGGAGGGGAGGGGCCCCACUUCUCCCUGCCCCUGCACAGGGCUGAGUGCGGAUCAAGUGGCUGCCCCUUUCAAGUGUUCAUGGAGGACUAGUAAAGCUAUCCUGCCGCUCCCUCGCCACUCACCCUCAGUCCAGAAGCCCCCACCAUGCCGUGGCCCCUGCUGCUGCCCCCGCUGCUGUUGCUGGCCGCAAGCGGGGCCCAGACGACCCGGCCAUGCUCCCCCGGGUGCCAGUGUGAGGUGGAGACCUUUGGCCUCUUCGACAGCUUCAGCCUGACGCGAGUGGACUGCAGUGGCCUGGGCCCCCACAUCAUGCCCGUGCCCAUCCCUCUGGACACAACCCACCUGGACCUGUCCUCCAACCGGCUGGAGACGGUGAACGAGUCGGUGUUGGCAGGGCCAGGCUACACCACACUGGCUGGCCUGGAUCUCAGCCACAACCUCCUCACCAGCAUCUUGCCCACUGCCUUCUCCCGCCUUCGCUACCUGGAGUCCCUCGACCUCAGCCACAAUGGCCUGGCAGCCCUGCCGGCCGACAGCUUCACCAGCUCACCCCUGAGUGACGUGAACCUUAGCCACAACCGGCUCCAGGAGGUCUCAGUGUCCGCCUUCACCACCCACAGCCAGGGCAGGGUGCUGCACGUGGACCUCUCCCACAACCUCAUCCACCGCCUCCUGCCCCAUCCCGCAGGGGCCAGCCUGCCCACACCCGCCAUUCAGAGCCUGAACCUGGCGUGGAACCAGCUCCGCGCCGUGCCCGACCUCCACGACUUGCCCCUGCGCUACCUGAGCCUGGACGGGAACCCACUGGCUGCCAUCGGCCCAGGUGCCUUCACGGGGCUGGUGGGCCUGACACACCUGUCGCUGGGCAGCCUGCAGGGUGUCCCCCAGCUGGCACCCUAUGGCUUCCGUGAGCUGCAGGGCCUGCAGGUCCUGGACCUGUCGGGCAACCCCAAGCUCAAGUGGGCAGGAGCCGAGAUGUUCUCUGGCCUGGACUCCCUGCAGGAGCUGGACCUGUCGGGCACCGCACUGGUACCCCUUCCCGAGAUGCUGCUGCUCCACCUCCCGGCGCUGCAGAGUGUCAGCGUGGGCCAGGGUGUGCGUUGCCGGCGCCUGGUGCGGGAGGGCGCCUACCCCCGGCAGCCUGGCUCCAGUCCCAAGGUGGCCCUGCACUGCGUAGAAGCCCAGGAAUUGGCUGCCAGGGGCCCCGACACCUUGUGACAAAUGGUGUGGCCUGGGGCCACACAACAGACUGCUGCCCUGGGCUCACUCAGGUCCCAGGUAAUUCAUAUUUUAACGUGCCAAUGCCAGUGGGGACUCUGCAGGCUUCUGUGGCAGCAUCAUUGAAAGAAAGGCUUUGGACCUGGACCAACACCCAGGAGCAAAGUCUUGCCCCUUUGUCUGUGUUGCCCCCCAAACCAUUAGCAGAGGGUCUUCCAUGCCAAACCACACAGCAGUCCCCUGCUGUCCUUCCCCACUUGUCCCCAAAGUGCCUUCCCUCAGGCCUGGGCCAACCUGACCCGUGACAGGAAAGGGUGGGAGGGAGAUCCCACUGCGGGGCAGAGGUCAGGUCCAUGGCUGAGCGCCCCUGGGCCCAUGGUCUAGUCACUCAGGGGCAUGGGUUUCUUUUAUGACAAAGCCCCCUCUGCUCUGGGCACAUGAGGCCCACUUCAUCCUUUUCUUUUCCCCUAGAACCCUGGGUAGAACUUUGGUUGUAGAAAAGGCUGGAGAAAAAACCAAGUCCACCUCCUCAUGUGACAGAUGGGGAAACUGAGGCCUAGAGAAGGAAAAAUGCAGAUCUGAGGUACCACAUCAGCAGAGGCAGCACUAGACCCAGCGUCCUGCCUCCCAGCCGGCCCCUCUACACUUUUCUGACUUCUCCAAAUCAUGCCCUCCCCUCCCCUUCCUGGGCUCCCCCUUGCUGCCAAGACCCACCUCCUGCUGUUUGUGACCUGUCCCUGUCAUCCUCAGGACAGGCAAGGGCCUUGGACUCUGGGCCCUGUGACCGGCUGUGUGGCACAAGCUAAGUCAGUUCACUUCUCAGGGUCUCUGGAAGCUUCAGGCAUGCCAGGCUCAGCCCUGCCAGUUUCCCACUCUGGGGUGGGGUCCCCCAGCAUCAAGACUGGAAAUGCGCCCACUGACCCCUGAAGUGCAUGCUCCCCAAGGAGUUGCUGCAGUCCUGGAGCCCCACCUGGCCCUGAGCUCCGGGGGGCCUCCUGGAUUCAGCCCCCACUGGCCCUGAGCCCAACAGUCCCUGAGUCCAUCUCACCCUACUGAGGAGGCAGGGAGGCCCCACUUGUCUAUGCGCCCUGCCCCAGGGUGGCAUCUCAGCUUCCCAGCCCUGGGCUCUUUCCUUAGGGUUCCUUUUAUAAAAGUUGUUGCCUUUUUAAUGGACUGUCACUUUCAACCACGCCACCCCCCACCCCUGCUGGCAGGGGAUGGAAACGUGUCAUUUGUAAAAGAAGAAAAAGUUGCAUUUGU